AAGGGGUCCAAUUUUCACUCUAAAUAUAUUUACUUGUUCGUGAUCCCUAAAUUGAUACAAUAAAAGUUGAUUCAAAUUAUCCCAAAUUGAAUCUCCAUUUCCAACUUACAAGAAAUCUCCACUUCAAUCGUCUAUUGAGGGAAAUCACGGUCCUCACUUUGUAAAAGGAACAUUCUGAGAUGAUACAGCUUCUGUAUGCCCUACUCCUUGCGGGAAUGUCAAUACUUCUUCUUCUCUUAUCCUCUGCAACAAGAAAGCCUGUGGCAAUAGCAAUCGACCGUGCCAAGAGAAGACACAACUUUCGCGUAGUAUCAAUCACAGUCUUGUCAAAUCUGUUAGUUUUAUUGGUUUAUAACAUUUACAGCAUCAUCGUCAAGUCUCAAUACCGCUUCAGUGAUUCCAAUCCGAUCGAUCCGACGGACCAGCUGAUAAUCACGGAAAAAUUGCUCGCCGCGUCUCUUCUAGGGUUCUUGCUAUUUCUGUAUGUUGUGAUUUGCAAUCUACAUGUGAUUAUAAUUGACUGGUGUUCGGUCGAAGAGAUCACACAGGCCGAACAGAAACAACUCGCCGAGAGAAACUUUUUUGAUAGAGAGCGUCUAAAGGUCACAAAGGACAAGAUAACUGCUUUGAAAUCACAGAUGAGGAUACUCGAAUAUAUACUGGAAUCUAGAAACGAGAUGAUAAAGUCUGCAGAAGCCGAAGUAUCAACACUAAGAAAACAAUAUGAAGAUGUGAAUAUGAAGUAUGAUGAACUAAUUGAAUACAAUGAAACUAUUCGGAACCAGUUGCAGUGUAUGCUGGAGCACAAACAAGAAGAAGUAGAAGAAGAAGAAAGUGUAUGGACAAGGGCAAACUUGAAGACAAACAUAACUUGUGGUGGAUUCAUUCAAUUCCCAUGGAAUAACCAGAAAUCCAACAAAAGUAAAAUGGAAGUUGGUCCCGAGAUUGAACUGCAAACUACCAAUAGAUCAUCCUCAGCCAGACAUCGUCAGCCCAUUUACAUCGUCGAUAUCCAUUAGAUGGUUGAAACAGGUAUUUUAGUUUGUAGAGUUUACUUUUUGGUACAUGUUAACUACCAAAGUCUUUUGUAGAGAGAAAAAUAGUAUGAAGCUUGUUUGACUUUUCUUAAUAUACAAAUGGAUAUAGACAUCUAAGGGUAUGAUCAUAACUCAUAAGUAGUAGCUCUACUAGUUCCUUCAGUUUUGUUUUCUUCACUCUGUUGGCUGCGAAUUGCGAUAUUAUAUGCCUUAGUGAAUCUGAAGUAUCAUAUAUGUUCUGUGAAAUGGGUUACUCUUGUGUCGAUCUUAUGGGAUGUUACAAAUUCAGUAAUAUCGAUUUUUCUAUUGAAGAGUUCUUGGCCAAUG